ACUGAAAUUGUACUAUUUCCGGAAUCAAGAAGCUGUUGUUCGCGUCUGAGCACGUUGUAAUUUAUGCAAAUAGUUGGUUUAUUAUGGAUUUUGAUUUUGAUAUUGAGUGAUAAAAUCGUCGAUUACUUGCUAGUUCAACUUUGAAUCAUAGUUUAUUAUUGUUUAUUGGAAAAUGGUUGGAUCACGAGUGUAUGUUGGUGGUCUCCCCUUUGGAGUAAGAGAGAGAGACUUGGAAAAGUUCUUCAAAGGUUUUGGAAGAAUCAGAGACAUACUUAUCAAGAAUGGAUAUGGUUUUGUUGAAUUUGAAGAUUACAGAGAUGCAGAUGAUGCUGUGUACGAGCUAAAUGGAAAAGAACUAUUGGGUGAAAGGGUGGUGGUGGAGCCAGCGAGGGGCAUCGAUCGCAGCGCUGACCGGUACCGGCGCGGCGACCGGCACUACGAGCGCUCCGGCGGCGGCCGCUCGCGAUACGAUGAUGACUACAAUUAUAGAUACGGACCGCCAACGCGCACCGAGUAUCGACUUAUCGUCGAGAAUUUGUCUAGCCGCAUUAGCUGGCAGGAUUUGAAAGACUAUAUGCGUCAAGCUGGCGAAGUGACUUACGCUGACGCCCAUAAACAACAUAGGAAUGAAGGUGUGGUAGAAUUUGCGACGCACUCGGACAUGCGGGCCGCCAUUGAGAAGCUGGACGGUACGGAACUGAACGGACGGCGCGUGCGACUCGUGGAGGAUCGAAGGUCGUCGCGCCGGCGCACGCGCUCCUCGUCCAGCCGCUCGCGCUCCCGCUCCCGGGACAGGAGGCGCUCGCGAUCCAGAUCACGCCGUUCAUCUCGUUCUAAAUCUAGACAGAAGAGCAAGAGCCCUGCUGCUAAAUCUCGGUCUAGAUCGCGUUCCAAUGGCCGUAACAAAGACGAGGAGGGUGGGGGUCGCGGACACCGCGCCGGCAGCCGCUCUCGCUCCCGCUCCCGCUCGGAGCCCGCCCACGCCGACCGCAACGGGCGCCGCUCCGACGACCGCUCCAAGUCCCGCGACAUCAAAGCCGACUCCAAAGAAGUGGCCGUCGAGAGGGAGAGAUCUCGGUCUCGCAGCAAGGAAGCGUCCCCGAAACGGGAGGAAGAGCGUCGUCCGACCAAGUCCCGGUCUAGGUCUCGGUCUCGCUCCCGGUCCAGGUCCGUGUCCCGAGGCCGGUCCGUCUCGCGGGACCGAUCCGGAUCCCGUUCUAGGUCCAGGUCUCCAAGACAAAACGGCGAAGCUCAGGACCGCGACGGAAGCACGGACCGCUCACCGCGUAGUGGUGAUUAAUAUUAAACUUACAACGAUAGCAAUUAGCCUUGAAGAUGAAUACUUUUUUGAUUUAAUUGAAAGUUCCAUAUCGUGACUGCGAUGUUUGCGUUUACUAAACAUUUCGUCUCGCAUUAAAACUGUAUAAUCUCAAAACUUACUAAAUUUUACAGGAGAGUGUUUUAAAGGUUUAACAUAAUAUGAUAUUUUUAAUAUUAAUCAUCUUU